AUGGCCGCAGCUCCCCCUUUGCAACUUCAAACCAUCGAUCCCGCAGGUAUGCUGGAUUCGAAGCCGUUGUUUUCCCAUGUAACCACUGCCAGUGGUGACAUGAAGCUCGUUUUCGUCGCCGGACAAGUCGGCAUGGACGAGCAUGGUAACGUCGCUGACACAUACGAGGGCCAGGUCGCGCAGACUGUGAAGAACAUUGGUAGAUGUCUCGCGGCAGCCGGAGCCAGAGUGACAGAUAUUGUCAAGAUCAACUACUAUAUCGUCAACUACGACCCGAACAACAGGCCACACGUCCCAAUCGUCUUGAAUUUCUUCAAUGGCCACCGGGCAUCCACCAUGCUGGUGCCAGUGGUGUGUCUCGCCAAGCCUGAAUUACUCUUUGAAAUGGACGCACCGCGGUGA